CAGCUGGCAGUCCUCAGUGCUGUUAUCUGAGACACUUGUUGGCCUUGGCUCAUGUCUGCAUCUGUUGGUAUAAUUCUGACUGGACACAGGGCGAGACAUGGGCUCCACUUCACUGAGAUAUACCACUGCCUGUACGCUUACAAUGGUCCUAAAAUGGCAAGUGGAGGUCAAGUCAUGCCAUCCCGACCAGACCUCAGCAUGGACCAAACCCGGGAUAAUGAAUUGGGAAUUCAGGGACAGGGGAUGACAACCCGGGUACCGGAGAUCGAGAUAACAACUCAUAGCAUGUCCCAAAGCACACUGUCCACUCCCACGUCAAGUUCCCGUCCGUCGACGGGAGAGUUAACAGAUCCUGGGGAACCGCUGGGUGCUUUCAGUGUCCCGCCUGAAGCUGUGGGCGUGCUUGAGACUGUGAUUAAUAUCAAUAAGACACUGGAACACCAGAUAGAUACACUCAGAAUCCGGAUAGACGUCGAAGCCAAGCAUCACGAGCAAGAGAAGAAAAAAAUGAUCACGGAGAAAGAAAGGGCACUCCAGCAAAAGGAGGCGGAGAUAGCCGAAUUGAGGGGUUCGAUAACGAAUCGGGAGGGUAGGAUCGAUGUCCUCGUAAAAGAAAGGGAAGAGCAGGAUCUACAAAUUUCAGCUAAAAUGGAUGAGAUCAGCGGGCUUCGUGAUCUGGUGCAACAGACGGAGGAUUACGCCGAUCAACUCACCAAGAAAGUCGGUAAACUGAAGGACGUGAAAAGACAACUGGAAUCGGAUACUGUAUAUAAACACCAGAACGAGGAAAUAAGGAAACUCAAACACGAGCUUGUCACAAUGAAAGAGAGGCUGAAUUCUAUGGAAUCGGAGUUGGUACGAGCGAGAAAUAUCAUGGAACAACAAAAUAAGAAGAUAAAAUUUUUAGAAUUUGAAAAAAGUGAAAUGAAUACAAAAUUCCGAGAUGAAUUGGAAAAAGCCUCACGAGCUAUGCGGCAGGAAGUGGAGCGCAUGCGUGAAGUGAUGAAACAGCAGUAUGAAGAGAUGCGAAAUCUCCGCGAACAAAACAAGGAAAUAUCAAAUGACGUCAGAGACAUUAAGGACAUUUUGUUAAGCACCAGAGGUCCUGCACGUGAGCAUGCAGUCAACCGAGGCAACCAAAAAGAUCAGCUGGGUGUGAACCAGUUUCCUAAGCCUACGCAAGGUUCACAGACUGCAAGGUUCAGUAAUGUGAACGCGGGUCCCUGGUGUAUUGAAACCUCCAACAAGAGCGUCUGUUCCAAACAGCGUCAAGUCCUCACAACAGGCACUGCCCGCAAUAAACAAGGACAAAACGUGGAUCCCUUCUGGUCAGAGACGUUCGGUGAACGCACUAUCUGCCCGCAAUAAACGGAAGUGACGUUUAUGUAUGUAUUUUCAAUCUUCCAGGAGCGAGAUGCAUGUUUCAAUGUUGUGUAUGGGUGUAAAGAAUACAUGAACCAAACUACUGACUGGAUUGAAAGUCGUCGUUUUGUAUCUACGUGUAUUCCAAAAGGACUUUGUUAAGCGUUUGGAGAGUUUCCGUCGUCUCUAUUUCCAUAAUAUCAUAAUAGAUGCCUCAUUGAGUUACACCAAUUUCGCAUUUAAUACGGAAAAUUGUGCGCUCUCUACAUUACGUAGACGUUUGAACAGUAUGGUUUUUUUUACAAUAGAAGUGCCGAGUAUCCCGUGCCAAGUGUCUGAGUGAUCCCUGAUAGUUUAUAGGGCGACGUCCACCACUGUAAAACGUUCUGGGGGUAUUUGCAAACGAUCCCCUUAUAUAAUCCUGGUUCAAAAUACAAAGGCUGUAAUUAAUUAUUAUGAGCCGUAAGGCUUAAGUUGAAUAGACUAUUGAAUGUUUUUCACAUGGUGAUAAGUUAUCAAUAUAACUUAGCGAAUUCCUAUUUCUCAAUAUUCAUAAUUAAUAUGUGAUCGAACUACCGUUUGCAAACACACCAGAUUGUUUUCAUGGAUUGACUGUAGCUACGUGUUUUAGAAAUAUUACAGUAAAACCUAUCAGACAAAGAUAUGUAAAUGAGAAUUCUGUGAUAAUAAAUCUGUAUAUAUUUGUGAUAAGAAUAUCAGGCAUUAUUUGCAUGUAUUUUUUAACAUUUAUUUUUUGUUUGAUACAAAACUUUAGUAAACUAAUGUUGACAUUAAUGUAAAAUAUUUAUACGUUAUAUGCCCCCCUGUAAUAUCUAACCCCCCACGUUGUUAUGACUCCCACUCUGUCCCUAUCUAGUCUAUGUUCUGUAAUUUAGGAGAGACCUUGUGCUGUAUAAAUACCCCUGUGUAAUAGUGCUACAGAAGCGGUGUGUAAUAGUGAUACAGAAGCGGUGAUGUGAUUGUUCUCUUCAGACCUAGGACUGGAUAAAAUUCAUUUCAAUACUCCAUUAUAUCCUGUUUUUGAUCAUUGGGUCGUAUUUGUAUAAUAACGGCUACAUCUGCAUGUUUUUGUAUACUGAUGUCGUGUGUUGUGAUAUUUGACUUGUUUUUUGUUUCCAUUUGUUUGCGUGUUUUUCCAUCGUAAACAGGGUGGGAGAUGUUUAGGUUUUUUUAAAGGUAUCUACAGUUUAUCUUAAGAAAGCUAUCUUCGCCAUGUCACAAGCCGACAGAAAUAUGCUACACAGGUUGACUUUGUAUUGGCCACCAUUUUCUCAUUUUAAUUUGGUGACACUUCUUGGAACAGGAAACAAAACUCAAAUGAAAAUUGAUAUUAUAUGUUACGCAAAUCAUUACUGGUAUCACUUUGUCUCCUUCAAAUUUAUAAGAUAUAUCACCAAUACAAAUUGGUAAUAUCACCUAUGUAUUUUCACACGAGCAAAUGGCAAUGUUUCUCCUAAUACGGAUACGGGUUAUAUCCGUUUAAAAUCGUUAAAAGUCAAUUCGUUAUAUAGGCCUAACCAUUUUGAAAAAGUUAGUUAAAGAAAUCACCAAAUAAGAUUUAAUGGUAAAUUGGGACCCCAUACUGUAUUUUUUGUAACUAACUGUCAUUUGUAUAGUUAUACACUGUACAUUCAUCCAUUGGUUAACCAAUUACAGUCUACGGUUAAUUCCCCAUAGAAAAACAAUAUUGGAUUUAAGGGGAAAUCUGAUUAUCUUUGUAUACUGUAAUAUGAAAAAAAAACCUGAUUUGUGGAAUUUCUUUAAAUUAAAUAGCAUAUGAAACUGGGGCCAGAAAGCGUGGAAGGAUAGGUAGCUGUGUUUUGUUUUCAUGAAUUUAUUAGACUGCUUUGUUUAACAUACUUGGGUUUUUUUUUUUUAAUUAUCGGAAGCUGUUGUUGAUUGGUUAAAAUAAUGAUAUAUUUCAUAAUGUGUCACAGAUGGCACAGACGUUUGAAAUAAACUAAUUAAUCGAAUUGACAUAUUUGUAUAGAUUGGAAAUUGCUUUCGGAGAUAAGGGAGCGUUGUUUCAUAAACUCUGCAACAUUCAAUUAUUGACUAUUGUUGCUCAAUUGAUUCGUGGAUCGACAAACAAUAGCAGCAGCAGAACCUGAGGACGAACAAAUGAAAUCCUUUGUUAUCCUACACCGCGUGUACAGCUUUUUGAUGAGAAGCCGUGUCUUUGAUCCAGGUUUGAUCACUAGUAACAAUUUCAGAUAUUUUAGCCAAUUCGUGACAAAAACAAAGCUUUAAACUUUUCUGUUAUUUAUUUGAUACUUGUUUCAUGUGGCAUGGUUCGUAUC